AUGAAAUUCCUUCUAGCAGAAGGUGCUGAUGUUUGUGCCCAAGAUUUGACAGGAUUUACUCCUUUGCAUGUUAUUGCAAAAUUUGGCUGUAGAAAUGCCGUGCAACAUUUAUUAGAAAAUGGAGCUAUCUAUGAUGCAGUAGACAUGCUCAAUAGGAAACCUCAAGAAAUGGCCGCAUUUGUCAAUCUAAAAAGCGUGCAAAACGAGACGCCAUUGCAUUACGCAGUUUGGAAAGGUUACGUUGAAAUAGUAAAUAUCUUGUUGCAAAAUGGAGCAAAUCCGAAUUUAACAGGAAAAAAUGGAUGCACUCCUCUGCAUUAUGCAGUUAAAUAUUCUUUUUUAAAUAUCGCGAAAGCUCUCUUAGCUAGUGGUGCAGUAUACGAUGUUGUCGAUUACAGUGGAAAAAAGCCUCUAGAUUUUUCUGAGGACAAAAGCAUAACAAAUGUACUGCAAUUGUUGAGUAAAUCCUUUAAAAAUAUUAAGGACGGUAAUUCAAAAUUUAUUCAUGAUUUGAAUAAAGUCAAGGACAUUUCUACUAUUAAGGCAAUAAUGUGUGCCAAAAAUUCUGGAAAUGAAACACUAGUUGUUUUCGCAAUGGAAAAAUAA